CCUCUUUUCACUCUGUCUCUCUCUCUCUCUCUCUCUCUCUCUCUCCUGUUUCAACCUCAUGUCAGUUCACACUCUCCCCCACCAUUCACUCUCUCUCUCUCUGCCUUACACACACACUGACAGUGUGACACACAUGCAACCCUCCAUCUCUCCUCACUCCAAUGUGUGAAUACUGAAAACAGUCCCCACAACACCCACCAGGCCACCACCGCCACUUACAUUUACUCCCCACUCUCUCCCCCUACUCUCUCUCUAAAAACCCCCAUCACACCACAAUGCCCACCUCCCCAUUCUCCCUCAUCCUCUUCCUAAUCUUAUCCUUCACACCCCUCCUCCCCUCAACCUCCGCCGCAACCGCCCGCAACCGCCGCACCCUCCACCAACCCUUUUUCCCCUCCGCCCCCCCAACCCCACCCCCUUCCCCUCCACCCCCACUUCCACCUAAAUACCCUUUCUCUUCCACUAAUACCACUAGUACCCCCACCACCAACCCUCCCUUUUUCCCUUCCGUACCGUCCCCUCCUUCCCCGCCCUCCCCCGCCUCCUUCGCCUCCUUCCCCGCCAACAUCUCCUCCCUCAUCCUCCCUCACUCCCCCUCCUCCCCGAAACCCCUCUCCUCCAAGCUUGUCACCGUCGCCGCCGUCCUCACCUCCUCCGCCGCCAUCGUCACCGCAGUCAGCGUCUUCCUCUACCUCCGCCGCCGCAGCACGCGGCGUAACCCCCCCGACGACAAGUCUAUCGUCUCGGACGUCAGCAAUGCGAACGCGCUGCGUGUCGUUAGUCGCGUGCUUCCGAAGCAGCAGAGACGAUCGCCGCCUCCGAACAAUAACAGCUCCGAGUUUCUCUACCUCGGCAACAUUGCCACCUCCCGCGGCGGCGCCAUCGGCGGCGGAGACGGAGACGCGAGCCUGAGGAAAUUGGACUCGCCGGAGCUACGCCCGCUGCCGCCGCUUCGCCAGCAGAGUACUUCGAAGCAGAAUUUCGCCAAUGCUUCAGACGUGGCCUCCGAAGACGAGGAGUUUUACUCCCCGAGAGGAUCCUCCGGCGGCCGCGAGAGCUCUGUCGAAACCGGAUCCGCCUCCGUGGGACCGUUUGCGGCCGCCGUAGCGGCAGAGAAUAAUCACGUGGUCACGUGUAGGAGUGUGUCGAGUAAUUCUUCUAUGUAUUCCUCGUCGAAUUCGGGGUCCCCUGUAAGUACUUCUCCGCCAGUAAGCUUGAGUCCAAUGAAAUCAUCGCCUGUCACGACCCCAAUGAACGAUUUGAAGAGUUCCCCGUCCGUUUCGCCGCCUUCUUCGUCGUCGCCGGACAGGGGUUCGGAGAAAAGCCUGGUUUCGUCACCCGGGAUAACGUACGAUGUAGUGGUCCUGGAGGCGGCGAGGAUCAGCCCCGUUCGUAAUAAGGUUAAUUCUCUGUCCCCGUCGCUGUCUCCUUCUUUAUUAUCGUCGCCAGAGAGGCCUGUGGAGAAAAACCAUGAUGUUUUGUUAACUAGAACGCCCAGCGUUUCGAAUCACAAUGUGGCGUCUCUAGUGAGAACUAGUAGCGGUGAUGUGGAUCGAUUGGAUCAUGAGAAGAAUCCGGGGAUCCCGUUACUAUCAUUAUCCUCCCCGGAAAGAGAUUUGGAGAAAACCCAUGAUUUGUCACCAAGAAUAUUCAAUGUUUCGGUUGUUAAUGUUGAGUCUCCUGUGAGAAGUAGUAGUGCUGUUGCUUUGGAUCAAUUUGGUAGUAAGAAGAAUUCUCGAUCCCCAUCAGUGUCAUCAUCACCAAGAAUAUCCAAUGUUUCGAAUCGUAAUGUUGAGUCUCCAGGUGCUGUUGCUUUGGAUCAAUUUGGUAGUAAGAAGAAUUCUCGAUCCCCAUCAGUGUCAUCAUCACCAAGAAUAUCCAAUGUUUCGAAUCGUAAUGUUGAGUCUCCAGUGAGAAGUAGGAGAACUAGCUUUGAUCAGUUGAGUAAUAAGAAGAGUUCUCGAUCUCCAUCGCUAUCUUCAUUGUCGUCGUCCUCCCCGGAGAGAGCAAAUGUAAUGUCGUAUGCUGGGAAUCUGAAUGUGGAGUAUUCGGGUAGGACUAGUAGUGGUAAUUUGAAGGGAUUGGCAAAUAAGAAUUCUCGAUCCCCGUCGGUAUCUUCAUUGUCAUCCUCUCCAGAAAGUCAUUUGGAGAAAACCCAGGAUUCGUUGUCUGGAGUUUCACAUGUUUUGAACACGAAAGUGGGGUCUCCGGCUAGAUUGGGCAAUGCUAUACCACCGGAGCUACCACGGCCACGAAGACAUUGGGAAAUUCCAGUUUCCCCUGAUUCUUCACCUUUGGAGAAAAGCCAUGAUUCAUCACCUAGAAUGUCCAAUGUUGUGAGUCAAAAUUUGGAGGAAUUGGCUUAUCAGAAGCAUUCUCGAUCAUCCUCACGGUCUUCUUUAUCCUCACCUCAAAGGCCUUUGGAGAAAAUCCGAGAAUCAUCAACAAGGAUUUCGAAUGUUUCGAGUCCAAAUGAGGGAUCUCCGGCCAGAACAGGCAAGUUUACUCCGCCACCACCUCCACCACCACCGCCGCCUCCGCCACCGCUACCGCCAUCACGGAAACAAUGGGAAGUUCCAGUUUCCACCCAGUCUGUUCCUCCGCCAGUUUUGAAACCACCAGUUUUGGUAACAGCUCCGAGACUUGUUAAUAUUCCUACUCCGACAUUGAUAUCUCCCAUUGAAUUGCCUCCCACUUCAGAAAAUGCUGAGGAGGAUGAGGAGACUGAAAAACCCAAGUUGAAGCCACUGCACUGGGAUAAAGUCAGAGCAAGCUCCGAUCGUGAGAUGGUUUGGGAUCACCUAAAUUCAAGCUCGUUUAGAUUGAAUGAGGAGAUGAUUGAAACAUUAUUUGUUGUGAAUAAACCGAGCUCAAAUCAUAAAGAAGCAACACGACGUUAUGUUCUUCCCUCACCAAGUCAGGAGAAUAGGGUGCUUGAUCCGAAGAAGGCACAGAACAUUGCAAUUGCACUAAGAGCACUGAAUGUAACAAUAGAGGAAGUUUGUGAAGCCCUUUCGGAAGGUAAUGUUGAUGCUCUUGGAACUGAGCUUCUUGAAAGUUUGCUAAAGAUGGCUCCAACUAAGGAGGAAGAAUAUAGACUGAGAGAGUACAAGGAUGAUUCGCCUUUCAAACUUGGACCUGCUGAGAAAUUUCUGAAGGCAGUGCUUGAUGUACCUUGUGCAUUUAAAAGGGCAGAUGCAAUGCUUUACAUAGCUAAUUUUGAGUCUGAGGUUGACUACCUCAAAAAGUCAUUUGAGACCCUAGAGGUAGCAUGUGAAGAACUGAGGAGCAGCAGGAUGUUUUUGAAGCUUCUAGAAGCUGUGCUAAAAACUGGUAACCGUAUGAAUGUUGGAACAAACCGCGGUGAUGCCCAUGCAUUCAAGCUGGACACGCUUCUCAAGCUUGUUGAUGUAAAAGGUGCCGACGGGAAAACCACACUCUUGCAUUUUGUCGUACAAGAAAUUAUCAGAAGUGAAGGAGCUCGUCUUUCUAGUGGAGAUCGAAACCCUAGUUCCUCAAUCAACGACGAUGCCAAGUGCAGAAAGCUUGGCCUACAAGUUGUUUCUGCUCUCAGUUCAGAGCUGAAAAACGUCAAGAAAUCUGCUGCCAUGGAUUCAGAGGUGCUCAGUAGCGAUGUACUGAAACUUUCUAAAGGACUUGGAAACAUUGCAGAAACUGUACGAUUAAAUGAAGAAAUGGGAUCGGAAGAAAGCACCCAGAAAUUCUCAGAGUCGAUGACGAGGUUUGUGAAAAUGGCAGAGGAGGAGAUUAUAAGGAUUCAGGCCCAAGAGAGUGUGUCUCUUUCACUAGUGAAGGAGAUAACUGAAUAUUUCCACGGAAAUUCAGCCAAGGAAGAAGCUCAUCCGUUUAGGAUUUUCACUGUAGUGAGGGAUUUCCUAACGAUUCUCGAUAGGGUUUGCAAGGAAGUUGGGAUGAUCAAUGAGCGGACUAUAGUCAGUUCCGCCCAUAAAUUCCCAGUUCCAGUCAAUCCGAUGAUGCAGCCUCUUACUAGCGGAUUCCAGGGAAGGCGGCCGUACGGUUUCUCCGACGAUGAAAGUUCCUCUCCUUAGUAAUAUGUCUCACAUCAAGUAACAUUUUUGUUGCCUUCCGCCAAAAAGUGUAAUCCAUGGCUUGGCUGGUAGUUCUUGAACCUUUUUUUCUUCUUCUGUAUUUAUAUAUAGACCCAUGUAAAAGAUUGUGAAAUUGUUUCAUCAUAUAGAUAUAAACAUAUAUAUAUAGAGAGAGAGGUUUAGAAGAAUAAUGCAAUCCAGUUGGGAUUAUAUAAUAUAUGGUUCUGUAAAAAGUUUGGGAUGGAAUAGAAAGUUGCUGGUAGCUCUCAGUGUGUA